GGCUUUCAUAGAGGUGGUUCCCUGCUGGGCUAAUCUUUGAUUCUGCCUUCUGAUUUCUUUACACCAACCUGGUCUGCCCGCCUCACUAUCCACAGCCCUGCCACGUUUACUUGAGGUUUUGCGUCAGGGCUUUUUAGAAAGCCGUUCCUCCGUCCUCGCCUUUGGUUCAGCCUCCUCAUCUCACCGUCCAAGCAGCUGCCCGGAGGGUUCCGUUGACGAAGCAAAAAUCAGUUGCAGUUUUUAGCUGUGUGCCACUGAUGAGGAUUUUGGACAGCAGAUUGCCAACGUCGACCAGCCUUUGCUGGCGAUUUGUAGAGAUACUGAGACCCUCUCAUCCGGGCUUCUUCUGCCCUUCUUCCGGGAAAUAGGGAGAAGUGGACCGAUGGGCAUCCCGGGAAAGUCCUGGACGGCAGCUCUCCCCAGGCCUCCUCGGAAUUGAAGGAAAGAGAGCCCCCCGCGUUGCCUCCGAUGCAUCCCAGCACUCCCAUCAGCUCCCUGUUCUCCUUUACCAGCCCAGCGGUCAAGAGGCUGCUGGGCUGGAAGCAGGGGGAUGAAGAGGAGAAGUGGGCUGAGAAGGCCGUGGACUCGUUGGUGAAGAAGCUGAAGAAGAAGAAGGGGGCCAUGGAGGAGCUGGAGCGGGCCCUUAGCUGCCCGGGGCAGCCCAGCAAGUGCGUCACCAUCCCGCGCUCGCUGGACGGCAGGCUGCAGGUGUCGCACCGCAAAGGCCUCCCCCACGUGAUUUACUGUCGCGUGUGGCGGUGGCCCGACCUACAGUCUCACCACGAGUUGAAGCCGCUGGAGGGUUGUGAGUUCCCCUUUGGCUCCAAGCAGAAAGACGUGUGCAUCAACCCCUACCACUACCGGCGGGUGGAGACUCCAGUGCUGCCACCCGUGCUGGUCCCAAGACACAGCGAGUUCAACCCCCAGCUCAGCCUCCUGGCCAAGUUUCGGAACACGUCCCUGCACAGCGAGCCCCUGAUGCCACACAACGCCACCUACCCCGAGUCCUUCCAGCAGCCUCCGGGCUCCGCCUUCUCCUCCUCUCCCGGCCAUAUGUUCAUCCAGUCACCCAGCACCAUCAGCUACUCAAACUCCCCAGGAAGCUCUGGCCCUGGAAGUCCCUAUCAGCCGACAGUCGAUACACCCCCGCCGCCUUACCAUACGACAGAAACACCAGGAAACCAGAUUGGGCGGACUCUAGAUCCGACAGCAGACAGUCACUUAGUGCUCUCAUUGCCCAAUGGAGAUUUUCGGCCUGUGUGUUAUGAAGAACCACAGCACUGGUGCUCUGUUGCCUACUAUGAACUGAACAACCGAGUAGGGGAGACUUUCCAAGCCUCGUCUCGAAGCGUCCUCGUAGAUGGAUUCACGGAUCCUUCAAAUAACAGGAAUAGGUUCUGUCUUGGACUUCUUUCUAAUGUAAACAGAAACUCAACCAUAGAAAACACCAGGAGGCACAUAGGAAAGGGCGUCCACCUCUACUACGUUGGGGGAGAAGUGUACGCGGAGUGCGUGAGCGACAGCAGCAUCUUCGUCCAGAGCCGAAACUGCAACUAUCAACACGGCUUCCACCCGGCCACGGUGUGCAAGAUCCCCAGCGGCUGCAGCCUCAAGAUUUUCAACAACCAGCUCUUCGCCCAGCUCCUGGCGCAGUCCGUGAACCACGGCUUUGAGGUGGUCUAUGAGCUGACCAAGAUGUGCACCAUCCGAAUGAGCUUUGUCAAAGGCUGGGGAGCAGAGUAUCAUCGCCAAGACGUAACCAGCACUCCUUGCUGGAUUGAGAUUCAUCUGCACGGACCCUUGCAGUGGCUGGACAAAGUCCUAACGCAGAUGGGCUCACCCCAUAACCCCAUCUCGUCCGUCUCUUAGCACUCCUCUCUCCCUUUCCCCCCUUUAGAGAAUAGAUGCUAUUGCAGGCGGUGGCUUAUAUCGUUUCAAAUGUGCAAUUAACUGAAGUUUCUAAGUGUU